AUGACAGCAGAUAGGGAUAAGUUUUUAUCCGUACACAGGUCGCAGGUUCAGUCAUCCUUUUGGGGGACCAUGAGCGUGCUGAACAGUUUUCUGAUCUUCACGGGACUUGACCUGAUUUUUCUGGGAUACCACUGGUUUUUGCACUUCAUGGCCUGCAGGAUGUACGCCUGUGGCACGUUUAGAAACGAACUCAUCAUUAACAGCGUGUUCACCCUCGUGCCUGUCCUAUCCCUCAUCCCUUGCUCGUUUUUCUUUUACGUCGCCACGCUGAUAAUGGUGGGACUGGUCAUGUUCAACAUGGUCAGGCUCCUGUUCGGAGGGAGGAUUAAAGUUUGGUUCAUCUACUGCGACUCUUUUCUGCUCUUUGCCUCAUCGGUGCCGACCGCACUCAUGAGGCUGUUUCUGGCUUUCACUUCGCUCUGGCUGUGCCUCGUGCUGCACAGCAUUAGGCUGGCUGGAGGAAAAGGCACUGAGUUCAAAUCGGCCGAGGAGCUCGAAUUGGAGGCCACGGCUUACACUCAGAGUACCGGAUCGGAAUGCGACAAGAUGCUCGAGCUUGUGUAA